UCUUUCUUCACUUCUUCAACAAACAGGGUGAGGCUCCGCCUCCACCGCUUCUCCAAAUCCUUCUCUUGUUCUUCUUCUGUACAGAUUUUCGUAAGCGUUUCUUUCUUUUUAUUUUUCUUUUUGUGGAUUUGAAUUUGUUAUUUAGUAUUGUUAGAAUCUUUGUUCGAUGGAUUCGGUGAGGAAGGAUUUGGAUCGGAUUAAAGGUCCGUGGAGUCCUGAAGAGGAUGAAUCGUUGAAGAGAUUGGUUGAAAGCUACGGACCGAGGAAUUGGUCGUUGAUUAGUAAGUCGAUUCCAGGUCGAUCUGGAAAAUCCUGCCGUCUCCGGUGGUGUAAUCAGCUUUCUCCUCAGGUGGAGCAUCGAGCGUUUACUGCUGAAGAGGAUGAAGCCAUUCUCAAAGCUCAUGCCAAAUUUGGUAAUAAAUGGGCCACGAUUGCUCGUCUUUUGAACGGCCGUACCGAUAACGCGAUUAAGAAUCACUGGAAUUCGACGCUGAAGCGUAAAUCCUCUGCUGCUAUUGGUGAAGAUUUCAACGAUCCGCCAUUGAAGAGAUCCGCUAGCGUUGGUCCGGGUCCUGUCGGGUUUGGAUUCAACCCGAGUAGUCCAUCCGGAUCUGAUUUGAGCGAUUCGUCUCUAUCGCCGCCCGUGUAUAGACCUUUAGCUAGAAGCGGUUCGAUUGUUAACGAUCCUCCCACCUCGCUCUGCCUGUCAUUGCCAGGAUCGAAUUCGACAUCCGGAUACGGGUCAGAUUCGGUUGCGAGCCCGACCCUGAAGAUACCCGAGGCAACUCCUCCGGUAGGUACUGCAAAGGAAUCGGAGGUAUUCAGUGCGGAGUUCUUGAGUGCGAUGCAGGAGAUGAUCAAAAUCGAAGUGAGGAAGUACAUGUCUGGGAUUGAGGAGAAGGGUUGGAAUGUUGUGCAGAGCGAGGCCAUCGGAAACGCUGUAGUUAAGCGGAUUGGAAUAAGCAAGGUCGAUUAGCAGAAACGCCAUAAACCGAACCCCCACCCCUCCAUGUUCUACAGAAAUCACAAUAAUUUUGGCAGUGUACAGAGAAGAAGAGCAAUGGAUGAAGGUGUUUAGAGUUCCAAUUCGAUACAAGGAUGAUGUUCAAAACUUCUUUUAAUCUUUGAUUUAUUGUAGAGAAGAAGAAAAAGAAACAAUUCUCUUAAACUUCGUUUACGUGUUUCAGUCCA